AUGCAGAUAUUUGUCAAGACUUUGACGGGAAAGACGAUCACUCUUGAGGUCGAAAGCUCUGAUACGAUUGACAAUGUGAAGGCGAAGAUUCAGGACAAGGAAGGGAUACCACCUGACCAGCAGAGACUCAUCUUUGCUGGUAAACAGCUCGAAGAUGGUCGGACAUUAGCGGACUACAACAUUCAGAAAGAGUCAACUCUUCACCUUGUUCUCCGUCUCCGUGGCGGAACCUUCUGA